AACAGUUUUGGAGGAAUAGGGGCAAAACUGAAAAUUACGGCCAAACAAUUGGCAAAAUGCUGCAGAUCCUGCCCUUAGCCAGAAUUCUUUUAGGUCCUCCGCUUUGCUUCUGUAGCCCGAGUCUUCUUCCUAAACUCUAUAUUCGAUCGCCUCACAAGGCAAGUAAGAAGCAAGAGCUUAUUCAUUUCCUGCCACCAUGUCCUUGAACAAAGGAAUGAGGUCCUGUGCAAAGUUUUUGAUGUCCUCAGAAGCAUUUAUGUCGAAAUCAGCAAAGAGGGGGUUUCACUCGACUGAGGCGAAGAGAAUGGGAGGACAUGGUCAUGAUGAGCCUUACUAUCUCCAUGCCAAACACAUGUAUAACUUGGACAGGAUGAAACACCAGAAGUUGACAAUGAGCCUUGCUGUGUUCACUGCAUUCAGCAUUGGUGUGGCUGUCCCAAUUUAUGCUGUUAUAUUCCAGCAAAGUAAAACAGCUUCUGGUUGAGUAUCCUGCUUUCUGACAGCAAUAAGAUUAAGCAGUAUUCCUGUCAUUUGGCUUGGUUUCUUUUUUUGUUUGGAAAUUGUCACGUUGCCAUUUGUUCCAUCACUCAAGUGGAUGACCGUUUUCCAUGAGAAUUACAUGGCCGUAGACCAUUCUACUUAUUUCUGUUGAUCACAUUAUGUGGAUGUUUUCAUCACCCAUCACUUCCAUUAAUUCUCAUCUUAAUCACCACUUUUGUAUUUCAGGUUGCCUCCUAGUAAAGAGAAGGUACAUUUGCUAUUCAAUUUAAAACAGGAAUAAAUGUUCUAGACUUUGGGACA